GUUCGCUUGCCGACCAAACGGUCCCAGUUCUCGGACAGCCUCACAUCAGACAAAGCGCAGCCCUCCCGCCCUUUGCUUUUGUUGAAGAGAGAGUAAUGCUUGUCGAUAGAGGAAUGGGUCAACUUUGUGCGGUCCGAUCAACGGUGAAGAAAACAAGGGAGCAAUCAAAGGACUAAAAAGAGGAGAGAAUAAGCAAUCUGGGAAGUCUUAGGUUUUUUCAAAGUUUUUGUAUAAAUAGAGAGGGAGAAUCGGAGAGAAGGGGACGGACGGAAAAAAAGAGGAGGAGAUCCCAGAGCCUUGGGUGCUGGCGGAAGGAGGAAUUUCUUGAGUGCCUUAUUGCUUGUAAUCUGAUCUUUGAGGGAUGUUGGCACUUGUCUGCGCUCCAUCUACAUGGCCAAAGGGAUUUGGUGGCAUUGUCAAACUGUCUGCUUCUCCUUCCAACAUAUGAACCACUGAUUUCAUUGAUGGUCGGUCUGUUGGGUACCACUGGAUGCACCAAAGUCCAACAAUUGUAAGUUUUCUUGCUAUCUUGGCAUGGCCCUCAUUUUCUAUUCUAAUCCCCAGCACUUCUCCUUUCUCCAAGCAAUUAUACACCCAUUCUGGGAAAUAAACUUGACUUGUACUCCCCACUGUGAUGUCAAUAUUCUUCCUCCCUCCUACCAUUUCCAACAAUAGCAUUCCAAAGCUAUAAACAUCUGAUUUAUAUGACACUUUUCCAAAGUUCCUAGACAGUACCUCAGGCGCAAUAUAUCCCAUUGUUCCUCUGGCUGCUGUCAUAGAAACAGCACUUUGUUCUUUGGAACACAGCUUUGCUAGACCAAAGUCGGAGAUCUUCGGAUUGAAGUUUUGGUCUAGCAAGAUAUUGUGAGGCUUGAUGUCAAAAUGAAGGAUUUGUUUAUCACAACCUUGGUGCAGAGCUCUGUUGGGGAUAUCCAUCUUGCUUGUGAUAGUUGCAUACAAACUUCGGAGGAGGCAUUUGUCUGUGGAUGAUAUGAUUGAAGAGUUCCUUCAGAACUAGAAUAACUUCAUGCCUAUCGGGUACACUUACUCGGAAAUAAAGAAAAUCACUGGAGGUUUUAAGGAUAAAUUGGGUCAAGGAGGCUAUGGUUCGGUCUUUAAAGGAAAGCUUUGAAGUGGACAUUUUGUAGCUAUUAAAUUACUGGGCAGGGCAAAAUCAGAUGGCCAAGAUUUCAUCAAUGAAGUUGCCACCAUGGGUAGGAUUUAUCAUGCUAAUGUCAUGCAACUCAUUGGAUUUUGUGUUGAAGGAUCAAAACAAGCUCUAGUUUAUGAUUUCAUGCCUAAUGGGUCCUUGGAUAAAGUCAUAUUUUCAAGAAACAGUGAUACAUCUUUAGGUUGGGAAAAAAUGUUUGAGAUUGCUAUUGGGGUGGCUAAAGGGAUUGAAUACUUACAUCAAGGAUGUGAAAUGCAGAUUUUACAGUUUGAUAUCAAGCCACACAAUAUCCUUCUGGAUGAGAAUUUUAGUCCUAAAGUUUCUGAUUUUGGCCUUGCAAAACUAUAUCCCGCAAAUGAUAGUGUUGUAUCUCUCACUGUAGUAAGAGGUACAUUAGGAUACACGGCUCCUGAAUUAUUCUACAAGAAAAUUGGAGGCAUCUCAUAUAAGGCUGAUGUUUAUAGCUUCGGAAUGUUGUUGAUGGAAAUGGUGGCAGGAAGAAGGAACAAAAAUUCAUUUUCUGACCAAUCAAGUCAGAUAUACUUUCCAGCAUGGAUCCAUGAGCGAUUUGAUCAGGGAGAGGACAUAGAGUUGGGAGAUGUUACAGAUAUUGAAAAGAAUCUUGUCAGGAAGAUUGUCAUAGUUGCAUUGUGGUGCAUACAAAUGAAACCUGCUAUUUGUCCUUCGAUGAGCAAAGUCUUGGAGAUGCUUGAAAGUGAAGUUCAGCUACUUGAAAUGCCUCCCAAGCCGUCUUUUGUUCCAUCUGAAUUGCAGACUGCAAAUCAUGUCAAUAUAAAUGUCAAUAUAAGUCAAGCAGCCCAGCCAACUAUGUCACUGGAUGCUAGAACAUAAGGUGCACUCCAAAUGCCUUACCUUGACUUGCUUACACAUGACAGCAUCACAUAUGUUUACAUAUCCUGUAUUGUUUAUUAAGUAAAUGACCUUUUUACAACUCGAAUACAUCAAUCUUCAAAUGUUGUACUUUGAUAUAUCUGAUCACAUAUGGUUUCUUAAUGAAAAAAGAUUACUCUG